GGAAGUAAAACUUGGAAAUGUCCUGAAUGUGGUGAUCAUUACAGUAGUAAAGCCAGUCUUAGACGCCAUCUUCGAAUUCAUGAUCUAUAUAGACCUUAUUUUUGCCCAGUUUGUGACAAGACUUUUGUUCAGAAAAUAACUUUAAAAGUUCAUAUGAGGUUACAUUCUGGUGAUAAGCCCCAUGUUUGUAGUGUUUGUAAUAGGUCUUUUGCCCAGAAGAGUAACAUGGAAACCCAUCUCAGACGUCAUCUUGGUCAAAGACCUUACAAAUGUAGUUUAUGUAACAAAGGAUUCAGUGAUAAAGGUAGUUUGGGUGAACACAACAAAACACAUACUGGAGAACAACCUUAUGUAUGUCCUAUCUGUAAAAAAGCAUUCAGUCAGAGAGCUAACAUGAGGACACAUAUGAGACGACAUAAAGAUGAUCGACCCUAUGCCUGUAGUAAAUGUAAUAAAAUGUUUAAGAAUAAAGAUGGUUAUUGGAAACAUAUA